AUGGAGCCGCCUGGAACAGCAUGGAGCCGCCUGGAACAGCAUGGAGCCGCCUGGAACAGCACAGAGCCGCCUGGAACAGCAUGGAGCCGCCUGGAACAGCAUGGAGCCGCCUGGAACAGCACGGAGCCGCCUGGAACAGCACGGAGCCGCCUGGAACAGCAUGGAGCCGCCUGGAACAGCACGGAGCCAUAUGGAACAGCAUGGAGCCGCCUGGAACAGCAUGGAGCCGCCUGGAACAGCAUGGAGCCGCCUGGAACAGCACGGAGCCGCCUGGAACAGCAUGGAGCCGCCUGGAACAGCACGGAGCCGCCUGGAACAGCACGGAGCCAUAUGGAACAGCACGGAGCCGCCUGGAACAGCACGGAGCCGCCUGGAACAGCAUGGAGCCGCCUGGAACAGCAUGGAGCCGCCUGGAACAGCACGGAGCCAUAUGGAACAGCACGGAGCCGCCUGGAACAGCAUGGAGCCGCCUGGAACAGCACGGAGCCGCCUGGAACAGCACGGAGCCAUAUGGAACAGCACGGAGCCGCCUGGAACAGCAUGGAGCCGCCUGGAACAGCAUGGAGCCGCCUGGAACAGCAUGGAGCCGCCUGGAACAGCACAGAGCCGCCUGGAACAGCACGGAGCCAUAUGGAACAGCAUGGAGCCGCCUGGAACAGCAUGGAGCCGCCUGGAACAGCACGGAGCCGCCUGGAACAGCACGGAGCCAUAUGGAACAGCAUGGAGCCGCCUGGAACAGCAUGGAGCCGCCUGGAACAGCACAGAGCCAUAUGGAACAGCAUGGCCAUAUUAACCACCUCCAUCCGGAACCGCCUCCAUCCGGAACCACCUCCAUCCGGAACCACCUCCAUCCGGAACCGCCUCCAUCCGGAACCGCCUCCAUCCGGAACCACCUCCACCUCAGAACCACCUCCAUCCGGAACCGCCUCCAUCCGGAACCACCUCCAUCCGGAACCACCUCCAUCCAGAACCACCUCCAUCCGGAACCACCUCCAUCCGGAACCACCUCCAUCCGGAACCACCUCCAUCCGGAACCACCUCCACCUCAGAACCACCUCCAUCCGGAACCGCCUCCAUCCGGAACCACCUCCAUCCAGAACCGCCUCCAUCCGGAACCGCCUCCAUCCGGAACCGCCUCCAUCCGGAACCGCCUCCAUCCUGAACCGCCUCCAUCCGGAACCACCUCCAUCCAGAACCGCCUCCAUCCGGAACCACCUCCACCUCAGAACCACCUCCAUCUGGAACCGCCUCCAUCCGGAACCACCUCCAUCCAGAACCGCCUCCAUCCGGAAUCGCCUGGAACCCGGCUGA